GAACGGAACGUUCUACUGACACGCCACACGAGCGCCUCAUUAUCUUUGUACCGUUAACAGUAUCGCUUUAAUGAUAUUGCCGAUGUUCGCGUCGAGUACGUGAAAUGUACUUGUUAUAUUUUCUCUCGUUUACAAAUCAAAACGCAUUAGGACAGACCGACGGCCACAAAACCAUCUCGGCGCGAGUUCAGUGCGUUUCUUCGUCCAUUCAUAUCGUUUGCUAAUGUCUUACACGGCAAUCCGUCAGAUUUAAUUAACACAGUUUCUGUUUGUUUGUUUUUGAUUAGUGCGAUACACGGUCAAUAGAGCACACCACGGCGUCAGACAGAUAAUAGUAUUUCAGUGCAACACAUCAUCGCAUUACAGUAACGACCGGUGCCAAAGGAUAUGCUAGACCUAAAAGCUCAUUGUUGCCCGUUAUACAGCGGCUUGGACUCGCCGUUAAUCCCUUGGCCGGGACUGAAGUUCGCGUGUGUACGAAUACUCGAACUUUACGGCAAAGUCUUCGGGCAAGAAGAACUUUGCGAACUUAUUAUUAGGAAAACAUGUGGUAGCUGCAAAUGUACGAAGGAGUCUCAUGAUGUACUGCACGAGGAAUGGAUCAACGUGCGGGACCGCCUCGGAUUUAAGCCUGUACAAGAUCCUGAUAAGCGAGUGUCAAAGGAGAGAUCCUACAGUCAAGGGUAUGCGUGGGUACCUCCUGGAUUACCUAGUCAUAAGGUAGAAAAAUACUUUAAAAGCCUACCGCCUAACAAAGUUCCUAAGCUCGGCACGGCCGGUGAAAAGUAUAGGGACAAGCAAGUAGUAAUUCAACUUCCCAAACAAGACUUAGCGCUGACAUACUGCAAACACGUCGAACAAAGGCACCAUCAAAGCUACGACGAUUUCAUAAAUGCUAGAAAUGAAAUCGCUUUAGAUAUUGGUUAUGCGAGAGAGUGCACUUAUCACGUGGAAUGUCCUAAAUGUAAAAAAAAUCUAGAACCCGGUGAGAUUGGAGUAUUUGCGUCAAAAUUUGGUGAUACCGUUUUAUGGCAUCCUGCGUGUUUUACAUGCACUGAAUGCCAGGAACUUUUAGUCGACUUAACUUAUUGCUUAUACGAAGAUCACUUGUAUUGUGAACGACAUUAUGCACAAAACUUUAAACCGAGGUGUUCAGCAUGUGAUGAGUUAAUUUUUAGUGGAGAAUACACCAAGGCAAUGAACAAGGAUUGGCAUUCAGGACAUUUUUGUUGCUGGCAAUGUGAUGAGUCUUUGACGGGUCAAAGAUAUGUUCUUCGUGAUGAUCAUCCCUAUUGCAUUAAGUGCUACGAGACAGCUUUUGCUAACGCUUGCGACGAAUGCGAAAAGACCAUUGGCAUCGAUUCUAAGGAUUUGUCAUACAAGGACAAACAUUGGCACGAAGCUUGCUUCUUGUGCAGCAGAUGUCGCAUGUCAUUAGUAGACAAACAGUUUGGAUCUAAAACAGAUAAAAUUUACUGCGGCAACUGUUAUGACUCUCAAUUCGCCGCUAGGUGCGAUGGAUGUGGAGAUAUUUUCCGUGCAGGUACAAAAAAGAUGGAAUACAAAACUAGGCAAUGGCACGAGAAAUGCUUCGCUUGUAUCGUAUGUAAAACACCAAUUGGAACUAAAAGCUUUAUCCCUAGAGAACAAGAAGUGUACUGCGCUACUUGUUAUGAAGAAAAAUUCUCGACCCGCUGUGUCAAAUGUGACAAGAUUAUAACUAGUGGCGGCGUGACAUAUAAAAAUGAACCGUGGCAUAGGGAAUGCUUUACAUGUAGCAAUUGCAGUACUUCAUUGGCUGGACAACGCUUUACAUCUAGAGAGGAAAAGCCAUACUGUGGCGAUUGUUUUGGAGAGCUCUUUGCAAAGAGAUGCACUGCAUGUGUUAAACCAAUAACAGGAAUCGGCGGCACAAGAUUCAUCUCUUUUGAAGAUCGUCAUUGGCACAAUGAUUGUUUCACUUGCGCCUCAUGUAAAACUUCUUUAGUCGGUAAAGGCUUUAUCACUGAUGCUGAAGACAUCAUUUGCCCAGAAUGUGCUAAGCAAAAGCUUAUGUAACGCUACCAAGAACAUCGUGUCAAACAAACGAAUACAUCUUAUAAAUAUUAUUAAAGUAUUUUUGCGCAUAGGUGAAUGUCACAAAAUCUGUUUCCUACUUAAGUGCGAUCUACCGACCAGCUUUUAUCUCCUUAUAUUAUUAUUAUUAAUAUUGUUAGCUUCGGCAUAAAUAUUUUAUUUAUUAAUUGUUGUUAUGGUAAAUCAAAUAUCACGUUGUGCCUUAACAUACCUAAUAAUUUCAUCAUAGUAUUAAAUUAUUAGGUAUAUAGUUUAUAUAAUUCAAACAUAAAAAUUCAAGACUAACACAGUUAUUUUAUUAUAUGUAGACCAGAAAAUACUAAAUUAUUGUUAGAAAUAUAUAUUUAUCUACUAUUUUCGCUAAUAUUGUCAUAUUAAAUUAUUAUAUAUUGUAGUUUUUAAGCAUAUUGCGAUUAAGUUUAACCAGUAUUAAAGUUACAAACACCACCGUUAACUUUUUAUUCGAGAGUAUAAAUAAAUAUAUAUAUAUAUAUUGUGAUUAACUAGUCAGGUAAUGUUAAAAUUGUAUUUUGCAUUGUAUCACUAUACUACCUAUUCUCUUUACAACUAUUGUCUAAUACGGCCUUAUCAUUACCGUCCCCGAACUUAUAAUCAUGUUACAAUAUUGUUUUUGCCAAGUACCUUUAGUUAAUUAGCAAUCAUUUAACUUUAUAAAUAUUGUAUUUAUUUAAUAUCGAGCACAGAGCUGUGAAAGUGUCACCUUAAAACUUUAAAUUAUUAUAAUUGAACAAGGUGAACAUGGUUACUUUAGUCUUAAAAAUUUGUUAUCAAUUAAAAUCGAUUUUUGCUAAAAUCGAUUAAACUAACAAAUCGGCUAACCAAAUUUUCAAACUUUUAUUUAGCUACUAUACUUAACACAAUUAUUUUAAUGUUAUAAAUUAUUUAUUUGCGGAAUUUCAUAUAUAUUUAUUUUAAGGUUAAACCAAUUUAGCUCUUAUAAGACAAUCUUAUAUCUUUAUAAUUAAAAUUUAUGUUAGUGUAGUGUAUUUAUUAUAAUUCAAAAUUAAAAAGUUAUACAGUUGAA